AUGACGGCCAGAACUGCCUGCUGUCCAGGGCUGUCGAUCACCAUGCAGGCUGAAACGCCCCCACACACAGUCUUCAUCUGUUUCUCUAACUGCAGCUGCAGUAAUGCUCGGGAACAAGCUGAGGAGACGCUUCUAAGAACUCUGUUUUCUGGCAAUAAUAAACUCACCCGGCCCAUUCCCACCGUCACUGAUGUACUGCGUGUUCACUUUGGACUCUCCAUUGCUCCAUUGAUCGAUGUGGAUGAAUGGAAUCAAAUAAUGACUACUCACAUAUGGGUGAAGAAUGAAUGGAAUGACUAUAAGUUGUGCUGGAACCCUGGAAAUUAUGCAAAUAUUCUAUCUAUUAGGAUGCCAGCUCCGUUCAUACGGAGGCCUGAUAUAGUACUGUACAAUAAACAGGGCUUCACAGUAACCCACCUGACCAAAUCCCACCUGUUCCAUAAUGGGCAAGUCACUUGGGUUCCACCUGCCAUCUAUAAGAGCAUCUGCAGCAUUGAUGUCACCUUUGUCCCAUUCGACCAACAAAACUGCACCAUGAAGUUUGGCUCUUGGACCUACAACCAUGGUAAGAUCAACCUGGUAAAGAUGGCUAACCAUGUGGACCUGAUGGACUACUGGGAGGGUGGGGAGUGGAUGAUUGUGAGUGCUGUGGGCAACUACAAUCUCAAGUAUCAGUGCUGCUCAGAGGUGCACGCUGAUAUUUCCUACUCCUUCGUCAUCAGAAGACUGCCAUUGUUCUGUACCAUUAAUCUCAUUUUACCAUGUUUGUUUGUCUCCUUCUCGAUUGUGCUGGUUUACCUGCGUUCAGACUGUGGUGAGAAAGUGACCAUGUGUAUCUCUGUGCUCCUCUCCCUUUUCCUCUUGCUGAUCACAGAAAUCAUUCCUUUCAUCCCACUGGUCAUUCUACUAAUUGAUGAAUACCUGCUCUUCACAAUGGUCGUUGUCACACUGUCCAUCAUUAUCACCAUCUUUGUGCUCAAUGUGCCCCACCAGUCACCGUAAAUUCACUCCAUGCCCAGAUGGGCGAAGUGGCAUUUCCUUGAUGUUGUCCCACGGUUCCUGUUCAUCAGGCGGCCUCUUGUGGUGAACUAGAACAACUGCAGGAGGUGUAGAACACCCUCAGGAGGUUAUCAGUGCAGGAGGAGAAUGAUCAUGUGCCAUGAAAGUGAGAAAAACAAGCAGACACCCUCUCUGAGUUACGGACAGAGGAGUCUGGACCCUCACUUACCAACUCAAUCAAUGAAUGAGCUUCCGCAGAAGCAUCCAUCCCUCAACCCCCCUUCAGGCCUUUUUACUCUUUUCUCCCAAAGGAUUCACCAGCUCAAUUAUCUGCCUCUCCUUCAAAUCCUGGUAUCCACAAGAAUAGAGAAAGGCUGCAAGGCAAGAAAAAGAUGUGCUCAUUUAGUGUGCAGUACAGCCUUGAAGCCAGAGCGCAAGAAACUAGUAAUGCUUACAGCUGAUAUUGUUCUCGUAGCCUUCAGUGUUGCUGCUUGUAUGAAGAGAUUGCACAAGGAAGAGGGAGCAAUAUGA